AUGUCUUCUCCCCUCUUCUGGUCGCAGCCCCUCAAGUACUGCGCCUGGGCAGCCCGCGAACGUCCCGCCUACUUCUGGUCCGUCGUCGUCGGCGCCACCGGCCCGGCCCUCAUGCCCAUCGUCCCUCCCAUCCGCCACAUGCUCGGCGACGUCGACCCUGCGCCCGUCCCCGUCACCUAUCCCGUUCCCGCUGGUCCUCGGAAACAAGUGACAGGCUACGACGACAAAUAA